AUGAAAACCACUACCACUAUGGCAUUCCCGUCACCGCUAGCCCUCCUGGCCGUCUCGUGCAUGCUGCUGCUCCUGCUUGUGCGCAGCAUGACGCGAGCCACAAAACAUCUCGCGCACCGCCACCGCCUGCCACCCUCCCCGCGGGGUCUCCCGAUCGUCGGCAACCUCCACCAGCUCGGCGGGCUCCCGCACCGCGCCCUGCACGCGCUCGCCGCGGCGCACGGGCCCGUCAUGCUGCUCCGCCUCGGCCGCGUGCCCACCCUGGUCGUCUCGUCUGCGGACGCGGCGCGCGAGGUGCUACAGCUGCAGGACCACGCCUUCGCGAACCGGCCCUCGCUCACCAUCCCGCGGCGGCUCCUCUACGGCUGCACGGAUAUCGCCUUCGCUCCCCACGGCGCCUACUGGCGCGGCGUGCGCAAGAUCGCCGUGCUCCACCUGCUGAGCCCCGCCAGGGUGCGCGCCUACCGUGGCGAGCGCGAGGAGGAGGUCGCCGAGCUUGUCCGGAAGGUGGAGCGGCAGGCACAUGAAGGCGGCGGCGUGGUGCGGCUGAGCGAGCUCCUGAGCGGCUUCGCCAAGGACGUGAACGGGCGGAUCGUGCUCGGGGUGCGCGCCUCGGGCGGGGCCGGGUGGCGGGCCAAGGUGGACGCGCUGCUCGAGGAGGCCAACGCGCUGCUCAGGGAGUUCCACGUCGGCGACUACUUCCUGUGGCUGGCAUGGGUGGCCGCCGUGGACGGGACGGACGCCAAGGUGAGCAGGGCGUUUGAGAGGAUUGAUCGCAUUCUCGAGAUCAUCGUGGCCGCGAGCGCUGGCACGGGGUGCCGCCACGACGAGGCGUUCGUGCAUGUGCUGCUAUCACUGCAGAGUGAUUCGAGCGGGGCUGGGUGGCGCUUGACCAGGGACAACGUCAAGGCUCUACUUGAGGACCUGUUCGGAGCAGGGACAGACUCGACCAUAAUCGUUUUGGAAUGGGUCAUGGCCGAACUACUCCGCAACAAGGAAGCGAUGCAAAAGCUACAACAAGAGAUCAGACGCCACUGCACGAAGAGUCACUCACGCGUCAUCACCGAGCAGGACCUCCAAGCAUUGAAGUACCUUAGGGCCGUCAUCAAGGAGACGAUGCGGCUGCAUCCGCCAGGGCCUCUCCUUGUCCCUCGCGAGUCUAUGCAGCACGCAAAGGUCCACUUCUACGACGUCCCACGUGGGACAAGAAUCAUUGUGAACGCAUGGGCUGUUGGCAGGGACCCGGCGGUAUGGGAUAACGCUGACGAGUUUCGUCCAGAGCGGUUCCUUGAUAGCGAGGUGGACUUCCGUGGGCAGCAUCCUCAACUCAUACCGUUUGGCGCCGGGAGGAGGAUGUGCCCUGGGAUCGGGUUCACGACAUCCGUCGUCGAGCUGGCACUAGUGAACCUGUUGGGACAAUUCAAUUGGACGGUUCCUAUGUUGAAGAAUAAGGCGCCGGGGAUGGUGAACAUGGAGGAGGCCUCUGGGAUCACAUCACGAAAGAGGGUGCCGCUGUGCGCCGUAGUGACACGGCCGACAUAG